GCUAGCGUAUUUUCUUAGUUACAAACCAGUUACAUGUGUGUCAAAAGGGAGUUCUUGCAAACAAAGAUCUCUUUCAAAAGGGAGUUCUUGCAAACAAAGAUCUGUGUAUUAAUAGGUAACUAAUCCUUAAGUUUUCCUGGUCAAUGUUCAAGACAAAUAUGUGCUUUAUGAUUUCUCUACUCUCACUUUCAUUUGUGCCACAAAAAAUGCAUGUCAAAUGCAAUUCUCAUUUCAGUAGUUGGGGACUGAACUUUGGGAUUACUUCUAAUGCUCAGGAAAAGUUUCUGGGACUGAAAAAAUCAUGGUCUCAAUAAGAACACCCUGCAUGAAAAAUGCAAGAUACAUUUUUAGCACUUGUCAAGGUAAUAGAUUGUAUUAUAAUUCUAUUGGGGAAAUGGUUAAAUGUGCUUAUGGUUACAUACUCUGGCUGUAUAUGCAUCACUGGCUUAAAAUGCAGCUAUGUUAUUCUUUUUCUCAUUUCAGUUUGAAGUUGGUCUGAGGGAAACAACAUCAAAAUGCAGCAUUUCAUAAGGAAGUUCAGGGUAGAUCUAUAUUGUGGUUAAUGUUUCAUGUAUACAGCUUUUCACACCAGCUGUGGGAGUGCACUGGGUCAGGGUGCAGAGUAAUCAGAAGUGUGCACCAGCCUUGUUGCACUAUUUGCGUGAGUGACCUCUUGUUUGUAAAAUGGGUUGUGUUUGUCUUAUUUUUGCUUAUACCAUUUUCUUAAAAGAUGGAGAUGAUUGAGAUGAUGAUUUUAUAUUAAAAAAGCUUUCUCCACCUUUCUUAUAGCAGUUCACAGGGCCGUCUUAAGGUCAUCGGGCACCCUGGUGCAGGGAUCCCUCGGGCACCCCCCCCACUCUUAAAAAAAAGGAAAACUCUUACCAGGCGUUACCAGAGGCCGCCUGCCUGUCCGAUGCUGCCGGAUUGAGUGGGGGAGGGGGCCUUCAUCCCUUCUCCCAGCGGAGCGGGGUGCCUGGGCAGGCCGGGCCACGCUGGGUUCCUUCCCACCAACGGGGUGGUGCAUUUCAUUGGUAGAGGUGCUGCCAUGUGCCGUCACCUCUACCAAUGAAACGCAGCUUCGGGGUGAGGGAUGACCCUGGUGCUGCAGAGCGGAACAGGGUACUAGUGCCCCUGUUCCGCUCGCUUCCCUCCCUGGUCUCGCUUUGCGGCUGGUGGAGGGAAAAGGGAGGCUGCCGCGAAGCUCCCCCACUUGCUGGGGUGCCCCUCAGCACCCCUCAGCGCCCCCUGAUCGCCCAGGCGCCGUGGUGCAUUGCGCCACUAGAGUCAAUGGGCGAGCCGGGCCUGGCAGUUCAUCCUCAGUAAAAGGUCAGUUCCAGAACAUUUUGAUCCCUCUGAAACAGCUAGGUAGAAAGGCAGAUAGUGCUCUUCCUUAAUUUUGAAUCAGGUGGGCUGUUUUUGCAUUCGCACGAAUGUAACAGAAAGCAAUUUCAUGUUAUUGGCACAUAUUUAAUUUUGCUGGCAUUGUUGCUGUUAUUUUAGAUCAGAACAGUCUGAAGAGGAACAAGAGACAUGGCUCUCGUGGAAUGUAUAAUUUCUGCUUCCUUCUGUGCUGUUAUCCUGGGAACACCAAUCCCUUUAUUAGCUCCAUCUGGAGGUUUAAGGGCAUCACAUAAUGAAAGACCAUUUCUAAAUACCAGUACCUUAAGUCUCUCUGCUUCAGGAAACCCUACCUCAGAUUGCCCUGCCUGGAACUGGAACUCUGUUUCCUGGACACUGCUUGCAGUCAUAUUUUUUCUUGCUCUCAUUGCCACAUGUUUUUGUAAAGACAAAUGUAAGAAUUCACAAAGUAGAGACGAUAUAGAAAGCAGAAGAAUAAUACCAGAGAAACGCAAGAUUUCACAAUAUGGUGGGUCUGAAGGUGAAUUAAUAGAAGAGAAUGAUGAAUUAAAGGCAGUGAAUGAAAUCUUGAAGAUCGAAAAAGAAUUCUCAGAUGCCCGCUUCUACAGAGUCGAUGUGAUCUUGGACCCCAGGACAGCUCACCCAAAGCUAAAAGUGUCUGAAGAUGGCAAAAGUGUUUGGAACACAGGAACUGUUUCUAAGGUUUCUGACUGCGAGGAGCGGUUUGACUCCCACACAUUCAUUCUGGCAAAACGUGGAUUUUUAGAAGGCAAAUAUUACUGGGAAGUGGAGAUUGGUCAGAAGAAAACCUGGGACUUGGGAGUUGCCUCUGCAAAAGCUUCUAGAAAGGGGGAGAUCACCCUGUCUCCUGAGAAUGGCUACUGGGUCAUAGGAUGUGAUGAUGGGAAAGAUUAUUGGGCUCGGACAGAGCAAUGGACCCGCCUGAAAGUGAACGGAAAGCUUAAAAAAUUAGGAAUAUUCCUAGAUAUAUCAGCUGGAAGCUUAUCUUUUUAUGAUGUCUCCAGUCAAAGGAAACUGCACACUUAUAAAACACUUGGUUCUGGGGAGCUUUAUCCCUUCUUCUCCACAGGAUCUGUGACUGCAGACCUAGAUAGUUCUCCACUAAGGAUUCUUCCAUUGAAUUUGGAAGAGUGAUUGUGGCUCAGAAUUAGUGCAACCCUUUAGUUUAGCCAGGAUAGUGGUAUUAAUCCAGGUGCCAAAAAAUGAGAGAAACAGAGUAGACCCAAUGGCAUCAAUGAAUUCCAUCAUGUUCCCCCAUCUAAGAAGUAGUAAUGAUUCAAAGCAUAUGGAGUGUGGACAAAAUACCAAGAUCUACUUGGAAGGGAAACACUUUUAUGGCUACGCCCUGUAGCAACUAGUACACAAAAUAAACUUAAUAUGAUCGAGAAUUGGGGCAGAUAUAUAGACACACUGUAUUUUUCUGGAAACGUAUGCAGAUUGAAAAAGUUUGAAGAAAUCCGAGAAUGGGGAAUGGAUUGGUGUUAAUAUUAAUGAGUAAUUUAAAAAUGUGUUUUAAAAAUGAAGUUAUGAUUUUGAAAAGGUUUUACUUGAAGGAAAAAGAAAAAAAUGUAUUUCAAAAAUGUAUAAAUUAAUAUUAGAAUGGGAGACAAAAGACAAAAUGUUUAGGUUAGAUUAGAAAUAUAAUAGAUUAGAUUAUAAUAUUUUGGUUAUGAUUUGUUAGGUAGAAGAUAGAGUGCAGCAGCAGGAGAGAAACAACAAUUCAAUGGAAAAUGGGUGUGUGUGUGUGCAUAAACAAAAAUAAAAGAUGAAACUGUGUUUUGACUGUAUAUGUUAAAAAUGUUGAAACUUAAUAAAAUGUAAUUUAAAAAAUAUAAAUGAUUCAAAGCCUAGUUGUUCCUUGUAAGCACGUAUAAAUAGGGGAAGUAAAUUUCAGUGACUGCAUAAAU